AUGGCCAUUCCCAAGAAACUGCUGAUACACAGUAGAGAAAUGAGGAAGUUGCUGUACAGAAAGAACACAGCAAGGAUUAUGCAGAAAUUGAGAAGUAGCCUAAAAUGCAAACAACAGCCAGCAGUGGACAAGAGAGCAGAACAUACACAUCAUCACCUCCUUUUCCAUCGAAUAAAAAGAAAGAAAGAGGAAACCCAUUUUGAGAAGUUUAUAGAUAUUUUGAAGGAAAUUCAUAUAAACAUACCACUAGUGGAAGCUUUGAAGCAAAUGCCAAAUUAUGUGAAGUUCUUAAAGGAUGUACUCACUAAUAGAAGGAAGUUUGAAGAAUUUAAGGUGGUGUCAUUAAAUGAAGAGCGUAAUGCAAUAUUGAAGAACAAGAUCCCACUAAAGGAGAAAGAUCCUGGAUCGUCCACUAUUCCAGUAUCAAUUGGAGGAAAGGAGCUAGGAAGAGCAUUAUGUGACUUGGCAGCAAGUAUCAACUUAAUGCCUCUAUCUAUUUACAAGAAGUUAGGGAUUGGAGAGGCUAGACCGACUAUAGUCACCUUUCAACUAGUCGAUAGGUCCAUCACUUAUCCCGAAGGAAAGAUUGAGGACAUCUUAAUUCAAGUCAACAAAUUCAUAUUUCCUGCAGAUUUUAUCAUUUUAGAUUAUGAAGCCGAUCAUGAUGUACCAAUUAUUUUGGGGAGGCCAUUUUUAAAGACCGGAAGAACAUUAGUAGAUGUCUACAAAGGAACCAUCACGUUAAGAAUGGGUAACCAAAAAGUUGAAUUUAUUAUCAAUGACAGCAUGAAAUAUCCAGCAGCGACAGAAGAAUGCUCAGCAAUAUAUAAAUUGACAGAACAACUAGCGACCGAGGAAUGGGAUGAUGGGAAAAGCGAGCAGGAAGAAGACAGCAGCUAA